AUGGCAACCGAGGAAUGUCCCUUGAAGAAAGACGACAUCGUGAUGCAGAAAUCAUGCGGCAGAAACAAGAAAAAAAGCUGGCUGAUGCUGCUGCUGCAGGCACUAGUGCAGAAGCAAGUGGCGGUGCAUGUGCAAGUGGAGGCACAUCCAAAUAAAGCAGUGCACUUGGUGCAGAUACACCAGAUUGAUCAAGGGUCUGCUCAUCAAGGAAUCACAACUGUAUUACUCACACGAUUAGUGUUCUUCAUUUCUGUUUCUGAUAACAUUGGCAUACCAUCAGGUUUUGUAAUUUCAGUUUUUCUUUUGCCUCUUUACAAUUUGGGUGGGAUUUUUUCAGGUGGAAUCAUAGGCUAG